AUGGACCACCAUGAUCUCCGGGUCAACGCAGCCGAGUAUGUGGCCAUGGUAGAUGACGUGUCUGUACCCUUGUGGCGAGACGCGCGCCUGGUUCCUGCCUAUGUUGCAGGGAUACUGGUGGUUGAAUAUUUCGUGUCGGCAAUCUCUGGUCUCAGGCGUGACGCACGGUCUAAACCGUUGGCCAAAGACGCGCGCGGGGAUUACAGGCCGCAUAAGGACCUCCGCUCUCACAUCGGCUCCCUCGGUGGCGCAAGGAUCUUCGCCUUCAGGAUAGCGCGCGCGAUAUGUGUACUCGCACUGCUUGCUAUCUACGCGUACGAUCUCUCGCGUACAUAUGCUGGGACAGAACCAGUGGCGACGGAAGAAGCUCUGAAGCUUGUGCUCUUCAUAACCUACCUCUACGCGUCUCUCCUUGGCCUUUUGAACAUCACAGCACACGCUUCGCGCGCGCAAACGGCCGGGUUGCACCUCGUCCUCGUUCUACUCGCAAGCUGUGCCGCUUACGGCUUCCGCGACAUAUGGCCGCUCAUGACCUACACCCUUCGACCUCUUGAUGCUGGCGAAGGCGCGCUCCUUUGGCUCAAGAUAUCGCUCCUGGCUCUUGCAGGCAUCAUCAUUCCUCUCAUCUCGCCGCGCCAAUAUGUCCCUCUGGAUCCCGAGAAUCCUUCCGACGGACCUCACCCGGAACAGACAUGUUCUCUUCUAUCGCUGCUCACAUAUAGCUUCAUGAACAAGUCCAUAUACGCGGCAUACAACUCUCCUUCACAGGCGGGAUCCGACACAUUGACAAUGGCAGACUACGACCGCAUGCCCUAUCUCGUGAAGCGCAACUUCAAGCAUCUGGAUAUCUUCUCGGGUGCUCGCCGUCGACAUAUGGGCGUCGCGCUCCUGCGAGUGUAUAACCGAGAAUUCAGUAUACUUGCAUGCAUGAUGGUCGUACGCGCUUGCACCGCGCUGUUUGCGCCAGUAGGCAUCAAUCGUCUGCUCACCUAUCUAGAGACAGGUGGUGAAGGCGCAAUUGUUCGGCCAUGGGUGUGGUGCACCUUGAUGUUUCUCGGUCCUUUCGGCAGCACACUCUUGAUGCAGUACUACAGCUUCAUCACCACGAAGAUCGCAGUACACACCGAGGGCAUGCUCACUGAGCUCAUCUUCGAACAUGCCUUACGCCUACGUGUCAAAUCCGAGACAAGGACGCCCUCAGCAUCAGCAGCACCGACACCCGAGACAGCGUCCAUAGCAGCGUCCACGACCGACAACAACGGUGCAGAAUCUGACGCUUCAGCAAGAAAGGCGCGUUCGUCAGCCGCCACGCCCUCAAGGGGCAAUAGCACGAAGAUCGCUGCAAAGGAGGAGAAAGGCAACGACGAGGGAGCCAACUUUGUCGGCAAGAUCAACAAUCUCGUCACCACAGACUUGCAGAGCAUCGGAAGAGGGCGCGACUUCACCAUACCGGUGUUCAAUACGACCUUCACCCUCGCCAUGUCUCUUUACUUUCUAUACCUCGUGCUGGGAUGGAGUACUUUCGUUGGGAUGGCUAUCAUGAUCAUAUGCUUGCCAAUACCGGGCUAUCUAUCCCGGCUGCUACAGAGAGUGCAGAAAGCGCUGAUGCAAAAGACGGACGCUCGAGUGCAGACGGUCACGGAGAUGAUGAGCGUGCUGAGGAUGAUUAAGAUGUUCGGCUGGGAGAAGAAGAUCGCGGAACGUCUGGACGCCAAACGUACCGAGGAGCUCCGCUGGCUACGGUCCUUUGAGCUGGUUAAUUUGGGCAACAAUAGCAUCACAUUGGUCAUCCCCAUUCUGCAGAUGGUGGCCACGUAUGCGACGUUCACGCUCGUGAUGGGAGGGAGACUCACCGCGUCGAUCGUGUUCCCGUCUAUGACCGUGUUUAUGCUUCUCCGGAAUCAGAUCGGGCUGCUGUUCUACUGGGUUGCACCGCUUAUUGAAUCUAAGGUCUCCCUUGAUCGCCUCACCGACUUCCUUCGUGACACGGAACUACUGGAUCAAUAUUCCGACGUCCACGGCGAUCACCCUAUGGGUAUCUCACAACCAGGUGCACUCACAGGCGAUGCGCCGAUCAGCAUACGCGACGCUUCAUUCACUUGGUCUGCAGCGUCGGACGGGACCGACGACGAAGCGGCCUCAGGCCGUGCGUUCACUCUACGUGUGCCUGGAGAACUUGCGUUUCGACAAGGCAAGGUGAACCUCAUCGUGGGACCGACCGGCAGCGGCAAGACUAGCCUGCUCAUGGCGCUUCUCGGCGAGAUGCAUUGUGUACCGUUGGGCCCUGGUGCGUGGGUGAGCCUACCACGCGCUGGUGGUGUCGCGUACGCGGCGCAGGAGAGCUGGGUCCAGAAUGAAACGAUCCGCGACAACAUUCUCUUCGGUGCACCGUACGACGAGGUUCGGUAUAAGAAAGUCAUACACCAGUGCGCGCUGAAGCGUGAUCUGUCCCUCUUCGACUCAGGCGAUAAGACAGAAGUUGGGGAGAAGGGUUUGACACUUAGCGGCGGACAGAAGGCGCGCGUCACACUCGCACGGGCGAUCUACUCAUCUGCGGAGAUAGUUCUCCUGGACGACAUACUUGCAGCACUAGACGUACACACGGCUAGGUGGAUCGUCGACAAGUGUCUGAUGGGCGAUCUUGUCCGUGGAAGGACGGUCAUACUUGUCACGCACAACAUUGCGCUUGUGGGUCCCAUAGCGGAUUUCGUGGUUGCGCUUGGCAAUAACGGUUCUAUCGCGGCCCGUGGAUCUUACAAAGAGGUCUUGUCGAAGGACAAGGAGCUCGCUCACGAGGCGGUACAGGAAGAAGAGAAACUCGCGCGGGUCGAAGAAGAAGUAGAGGAGUUCGUGGACGCCGACGAGCAGGAAAUGGCAAGCGAUGGAAAGCUCAUCGUCAAGGAGGAGGUAGCCGAAGGACAUGUCUCUUUACAUGCACUCACGCUCUUCUGGGGAGCGCUUGGAGGCAGACACCCAAUCUUGUUCUGGGCCACCUUCCUUGGCGGCGUGUUCAGUUAUCACGCACUCUCGAGCUUGCAGUCAUUCUGGCUGGGCCGCUGGGCGGAGGCAUACACGCGACCGGAACCUGUAGACGUCAAAUACUACAUGGGCGUGUUCUUACUGCUCGUCUUUGUUGGGGUUUCUUCAUACCUUGCAGCCCGGACUUCCUAUGCAUUUGGCGUCAUCCGAUCAGCAAAGAAGGUUCACGCCAUCCUCAUAAACUCCAUUUUGAGCACCACCCUCCGGUGGCUGGACCAGACGCCCGUAUCACGAGUGAUCACUCGCUGUACCAAGGACAUCAAAUCCUUGGACAGUGCAUUCGCUAGCAGUUUUUUGAUAUUCGUGGGGAUUAGCGUCCAGUUGAUCACUCAACUGAUCGCGAUCACACUUGUUACACCGGUGGCCGUUGUUCCCGGCGUUGUGGUCUUCUCACUCGGCGCCUUCGUGGGCAACGUGUACAUGAAGGCGGCAUUACCAAUGAAGAGAGUCAUGAGCAAUAGCAAAGCUCCCGUAUUGGGUCACUUCGGUGCAGCCAUCGCUGGCUUAAUCUCGAUUCGAGCAUACGGCGCCCAGGACGCAUUCCGCCGGGAGUCCUACAAGCGCAUCGAAAGUUAUACACGUUCAAACCGGAUGUUCUACAACCUCAAUCGGUGGAUCAGCACACGCAGCGAUGCACUAGGCGGUCUCUUCGCAUCCGGACUGGGUCUAUACCUGGUGUAUGGACCAGGGUCAACCAUAGGUGCAUCCAACGUCGGCUUCUCCUUAGCAAUGACUGCCGCUUUCAGCGACAUGAUCUUAUGGUGGGUGAGGGCGGUCAACAGUGUCGAAGUCGAGGGCAACAGUCUUGAGCGCAUCCAAGCGUAUCUUGAGAUCGAGCAAGAACCCAAGCCUACGGAGGAAAAGGCUCCGCCGGCAUCAUGGCCGACGAGUGGCGAUCUGCGCAUCCAGGGCUUGUCAGCGCGUUACUCGCCCGAUGGUCCCAAGGUGCUUCACAACCUCUCCUUCAAUGUCAGGUCUGGCGAGCGCGUCGGAAUCGUCGGUCGAACUGGAAGUGGCAAGAGCUCCUUGACGCUCUCGCUCUUGCGGCUCAUCUUCACCGAAGGCGAUGUCUAUUACGACGGCGUCAACACCGCUAACAUCAAUCUCGACGCGCUUCGGACCGCCAUCACCAUCAUUCCGCAGGUGCCUGAGCUGUUGAGCGGGACGUUACGCGAGAAUCUGGAUCCCUUCGGCGAGUACGACGACGCUGUUCUGAACUCGGCUCUGCGCGCUUCCGGCCUCUUCUCGUUGCAGGACGAGACAGAUGAGGGUCGGAUUACGCUUGACUCACAGAUCUCAAGUGGCGGAGGCAACCUGAGCGUUGGCCAGCGACAAAUUCUGGCCUUGGCCCGCGCACUCGUCCGCGGCAGCAAGUUGCUCAUCCUCGACGAGGCAACUUCGUCUAUCGACUACAAGACGGAUGCCAUCAUCCAAUCUUCUCUUCGUAGAGAGCUCGGAGGAGAUGUGACGCUGCUCACCGUCGCACACCGUCUGCAGACCAUCAUGGAUGCGGACAAAAUUAUGGUUCUCGAUGCCGGCCGUAUAGUAGAGUUUGACACUCCGCUGUCUCUUCUGAAAAGAGAUGGCGGGUUCUUCAAGUCACUCGUAGAUGAAAGCGGGGAUAAGGACACAUUGUACACGAUGGCGGGUGGCUCGUCUCCGGAUUCCUAG